UUGUUAUUUUUUCACUCGAACCCUAACUCUCACUUCCCUCCACGCUCUCUGACCUGAGCUCAUUCUCUCUCACUCUUGCCUCCUUCCUCUCAUGCUCUAUUUCCAUGGCUACUGUCUCUCCCUCAUUAACCACCUCCGUCCCCUCACCGGCGCCAUCGCCUCUGCGGGCAAGCUCUCUCCGGCCGCAAGCUGGUGCUUCUCGUCCAACAGAAGGCGGAGUGGCGGGAGAGGAAACGCGCCCGACGCAGUAAGCGACGAGAAUCAGGAUCCGACGGUGAAACCGAGUCGAGGUCCGAGAAGAAGAGAAUCAGAAAAAAGAGAGGAAAAUGGAGAGAAAAGAAGACGACCCAGUGAGCGAGGUUCUCAGAGAUCGAUUCAGCUCUCCACCAUCUCUAUCGCUGAUGCCGAAGUUUUCAAUUAUAGUUCUCCAAGCAGCGAAGAGAAGGGGCAUGGAGAUAUCAGAACCCGUGGUGGCUUGCAUUUCCGACUUGACCUUCAAAUUAAUUUACUGGUUUGCUGCUUGUAUAAUAUUCGUGGGACUGAUGUUGAUUACGGUCCAGUUGUUCAUGCCUUUGCGAUAGUUACUCUGAACUCAGCUUUCUUCUAUGUAGACAAAAGGAAGGUUGAAUCUGAGCAAUUCAAGCCAAAUUAUACGGCACCACCUCCUCUAUUUCAUUACGGUGGUAUUCUAAUGAACUUCCGGGGGAAUUGGGAGAUUUCUAGAAGAGACUUGCAGAAUCCUGGAUUCCUAGCAAUGGUUACUACUGAUCUUGAGUACAUGAAUAACGACCUUGAUGAUGAAUAUUCAGCUCCCUCUUCAAGAAGCUUGCUAUGCUGCCGUAUAGUUGCUAUAACUUUUAUGGUUCUUCUGGUUUUACGCCAUAUGCUUCCAGUCAUAAUUAGUGGAGCUGGAGAGUACUCAUUGACACUGUUCACAGUUUCCUAACACCUAUUUGCUUGUUGGUGUUUGCAAUGAUGCUACCACUCACAAGUUUAAAGGGAAAACUGUUAUAUCAAUCACAUGAUGGCAAUAAAGAUGAUCAACCAAGCACAUGUUCGUAAGGGCAAAGCAUAGACGUCCUCAAGUUUGGUUCGAUUUCUGGUUCGAUUUCGAAUUCUUCAAGCUUGGAACAUGGAGGCGAUCUCAAUGAAGCCGUGAAUGCACAUUUUAGGGAAGGAGAUGUACACAGUACAAGUCCUUCAUCUACUGCUCCCCCACAGUACAAUUUCCCUCAAAUGAGUAAUCAGAAUCAAGUAGCUCCACAACAAGGACUUAUGCCACUUCUCUCUGUUGCCAGGAGUUUCAAGCCUACAACUGUCACCCACAAUGUUGAAUAUUGAUUGGAGAUGUAGGGUUAUUCUUUACUGCAGUGCGUACUGAUAUCCAAUUUAUGCUACUGAUGGAAAUGUACUUUGGAAAUGUACUUUGGUGGGUUAAUUUAUGCAAUGUACUUUGGUGGGUUAAUUUAUGCAAUGAGGAAUUGAUCUUAUAAUUAA